UUCCUUGUUUCGGAUAAGUGCAGUCUUGGGGCAGCAGUUCCUUGUCUAUCUUCUGAUAAUUGCAGAACCAGUUUAACAACAAUGAAUGUAGACCAUGAAGUUAAUCUGCUUGUAGGAGAGAUUCGAAGACUUGGUUCAAAAGGUAACAACGGAAAGUUCAGCGUGAAAUUUGGUGUGUUAUUUUCUGAUGACAAAUGUGCCAACCUAUUUGAAGCUUUAGUAGGAACUCUGAAAGCUGCCAAAAAGAGGAAGAUCAUAACUUAUCAAGGAGAACUUCUUUUACAAGGAGUCCAUGACAAUGUAGACAUUGUACUUUUGCAAGAUUGAAAUAAAAUGUCAGCAAUACCUUGCUAGUGCCAUUGAGACUUUUAGGAUAUAAAAGUUUUUUUAGGCAAACCAUAAAUAUAAUCUAAUGAUGAAACAUGCUAUUCUUUUUAGAUAUUUUCAUCUUGUUGUAGAUUUCCCAAGACUGAAACUUUGAAAAUGUGCUAAUUUUUGUAAACCGGAAUGACAACACAAGCAAUAAAAAAACAAA